CGAACACAGAACUGUAAACCGAAAGUGAACCUUAAGCUGAUGUGCCGGGGUGUGUUUACAUAGAGAUGUGCGGGGCUUGAACAGCCCAUUUCACGAUAAGUAACGAAACAUAUGAUCCAUAUCCUUUCAAUAAACCGGUUUAUGCAAUGCAGGAGGGACAAGUCUUCGUCUGUCCGUCAGACAUUCAGUCGGUAAACUGAUACCGUGCGAAGCGAAGUCUACACUGAUGGGUGCAAGGAACAAUAGGCCUUCGUUUGCAUUUGAUGUGAGGGACCUCCGCUUCGGAAUGAGAGGCCUCAGCAACUACCAUUUGUCCUGCUGUGUGAACACUUUACUGCAGACUUUUUCUGCCACCUGGGAGCUAGCAGAUCUACUAGACAAGUGGGACGCUGCUGGUGAGAGAACAGACAGCUGUAAUGUCCCUCAGCAGCUUAAGAAAGUUCUUGUGGCCAUGCGGAGUGACCUCCCUCAGCCAGCUAACCACCAUGACUUCUUGCACUGUCUGGACAGAAACUAUAUUCGACUUAGUGUGCAGCAUGACGCUGAUGAGGUGUUCCUCUCCAUUCUGAACUCCAUGCAACAGCAGAUGGAUGACAAAGCACUGGCUCUUGACAUCCAGAAUCUGUACAAGAUUUCAGAGGAGACAUACCUCGAGUGUUUAAAUUGCAACUCCGUCCAGACUCUGACCACCUACCAGCUCAGCCUGUCGCUACAUAUCAAGGAAGAUCACAAUUCUCUGGAAGGCUGCAUGAGAUCCUUCUUUGAGCACCAGGAGCUAAGGGGCAUAGAUUGCUGCUUUUGUGCUAAGUGUGGAAAAAAGACUCCAUCUAAACAGGGAAUCAAACUGAUCUCCCUGCCUCCUAUCUUGUGCGUGCACCUGAAACGAUUUCGGAAUUACCGUGGUUACACCCGAAAACUUGAUUGCAAAGUCAAUUUUCCAGAAACCUUCGACCUCUCUGAGAUCCCUCGUGAGGCAUUCUUAGCAGACUUUGCCCAGAAUGACUGCAAGUACACUUUGUAUGCAGUGGUAGUGCACUCUGGUACUGCAAUGUUUGGGCACUAUACUGCCUACGUUCGUGACAGGAGGGAGCAGCGCUGGUACUAUGCAGAUGACAGCCAUGUAGAAAAGGCCUCCUGGGAAGAAGUGCAGUCAACAUAUGGAGGACGUGGCAGAGGAACAGCAUACAUGCUAAUGUACAGAAGAGGCUCGAAAGAGGGGGGACAACAACCUGGAUGUUCGGGCUAAAAGGAUGGAUGCAGAUGAAUUAAAGUGGGGACCAGGUGCAAUAGAUAAUAAACAUAGGAAUUUUAAGUGAUAUGUUUGAAAUAAUUUAUUGUAACUUUUCAUUUUAAUGUACAUGGUGAAUUGUUCUAUAUUUAAUGAUUUUUCUGACCUCUUAGAGCUGCAUAUAGGACACCAGCACAGUAAUAUUUGCCAAAUACCAGUAGGUGGUGUUGAAGACUCAAACUGCGGGUGAUUCACAGUCAGACCACACACUGUGAACACGCUGAAUGAUACUAGUGGUUGGUUUGAAGACAAUGCUUAGCUUACUUAUUCACUGUUUGGGGGGAAAUACCUGCAUUACGACUAAGUGUUCUUUUUCCUGACACUGCUUUGUAAUAUAUGAGUCACUCAUAAAAAAACAA